GCGAGGCGGGUGCUGGUGGCGCAUUCCCGUGCCGCAGCACUCACACACGCAGAGCGUUUCCACGCGUCACCAGUGGGCGCAAGUUUCUGCGCCGCGCACAAAGAGGAGAGGCAGAUCCCGCCGUGGGAUGCGCGCAUCGAGAAUCGCCGCUCACUGGCACCGCUGUCCUCCCUGUUUGUUGGCCGCACCUGGUGGAGUGGCGAUUGGGGGAGAGGAUCGAGGAAGGGCGGCCGUCACCCAGCGGCUGUGAAAUCGCGGCGUGCUGGGGCGGGGGGGUGGUGGUGCGGAUUUGUGGAGGUGGACGCGCACCUGGACGGAGCAGGAUCGAGUCAAAAGCACGGAAAUAACAGCUGCGGGCUUCCAGGCGCGCAAACGGUUUGCGGCACACGAGCGCAUACUGGAAUUACCAUCAAGGCAGUUUCAUCAAGCGGAACCGAUAAGCGUCGCAGGAGAAAUUGAAACUCUUUUUCUCUCAAGGAGAGAAUUCCAUUGACAAGUACUUGGAUGAGAGUCCCAUUAGCCCUGCGCAACUAAAGAUGGUGUUACCAUGGAAACAAAUUGUACUUCUAUCAAUCACGGGAUGCCUUGCAGCCUUUCCAGACGAUGUCAAAUUUCAAGGGCCGAGAUUGAGGACGGAGCCAGUUGACCUCGUUUUGCCGAUCAACUCGCCCAACCAGCAGGCCACCAUUAUUUGUGAUGCGGAAGGGAGCCCGACUCCGCAGUACAGCUGGUCACUCAACGGAACACUCAUUGAUCUUGAGAAUGACUACCGGCGUCGCAUGUCUGGAGGCAGCCUGAUCAUUAGCAACCUGGACAAGGACCGAGACUCCGGCAUUUACCAGUGCAAAGCCUUCAACGCCAGGGGGGCCGUCCUGAGCCGCAAGGCGAGCGUCCAAUUUGCUUAUCUAGAUAACUUCAAAACACAAACGGUGAGAAGUACAGUCAAUGUACGAGAAGGUCAAGGAGUGGUUCUCUUAUGUGGCCCGCCAGCACAUUCUGGAGAGCUGACUUUUGCAUGGAUCUUCAAUCAAUAUCCUCACUUCGUUCAACAAGACAGUCGUCGCUUCAUCUCACAGGAGACUGGCAGUCUGUACAUAGCCAAAGUAGAACCCUCGGAUGUGGGCAACUACACUUGCGUGGUUAACAACACUAUCACAGAGGAGAAGGUGUUCAGCUCCCCGACACCACUGGUCCUAAGAAGUGAUGGAGUAAUGGGAGAAUAUGAACCCAAAAUAGAGGUUCAUUUCCCUGACUCGAUUCCAGCCGCAAAGGAAUCACUUGUGAAACUGGAAUGUUUUGCACUGGGAAAUCCUGUGCCAGAAAUCAGCUGGAGAAGAACAAGUGGAGUCCCUUUCCCAAGUAAAGUCAAAACGAAAAACUCAAACGCCGUUCUGGAAAUACCAAAUUUCCAGCAGGAAGAUGCGGGAACCUACGAGUGUAUUGCGGAAAAUCGACGGGGCAAAAAUGCAGCACGGGGUCGUAUCUCAUUCCAUGCUAAACCUCACUGGUUCCAGACAAUGGCAGACACAGUUCUGUCCAUCCACCAAAAGCUGUUCUGGGAGUGCAAGGCUACUGGAAAGCCUAAACCAUCGUACAGCUGGCUGAAGAAUGGCGAGCACGUGAUCGCACAGGGCCGGAUACAAAUCGAAAAUGGGGCUCUGUCCAUACCUACUUUAAACUUGUCAGAUUCUGGAAUGUAUCAGUGUGUAGCUGAAAACAAACAUGGCGUUAUUUAUUCCUCUGCCCAGCUAAUGGUGUUAGCAUCACCUCCCAGUUUCUCUAAAAGUCCAUUAAAGGCCCUGGUAAAAGCUCGCCUAGGUAGCGAAGUCAUUCUUGAAUGCAAGCCCCAAGCCUCGCCCCCAGCGAUUAGCCUGUGGAAAAAGGACAACGAGAUGCUGCAGAGAAAUGAAAGAAUGACACUCUUUUCCAGCGGAACAUUAAAGAUUACCAACGUGAGCAGAAGUGAUGCAGCCAGCUAUACGUGCAUUGCUAAGAACCAGUUUGGGUCAGCAAGCACCACUGGAAGGCUGCUUGUUACCGAGCCAACCAGAAUCACUAUGAGGCCCACGAACCUUGAGAUUAUUGUUGGCGAGAGCAUCGUGCUGCCAUGCCAGAUUGCCAGCGAUCCAGCUCUGGAUGUCUCUUUCUCAUGGGCAUUUAAUGGCCAGCUCAUCGACUUCCAGCAAGACAGCGAUCAUUUUGAGAGAGUGGGCGGGACCGUGUCGGGGGAUCUGAUGAUUCGAAACAUUCAACUGAACCAUGGUGGGAAGUACGUCUGCGUUAUUGACACGGAGGUUGAGAAUCUGUCCACCUCUGCCAUUCUGAUUGUGAAAGGUCCACCGGGCCCUCCAGACAAAGUGACGGUGGAGGAAAUCACAGACAGCACGGCGCAGCUUUCCUGGACUCCUGGAAGGGACAAUGGAAGCCCCAUCACCGGUUACGUCAUCCAGGGUCGCACGCCUUUCACUGUGGGCUGGCAGGCGGUGGAGACGGUGCCUGAAAUGGUGAAUGGUAACACACUGACUGCGACAGUGGUGGGGCUAAACGCUUGGGUGGAGUAUGAGUUCCGAGUUGUGGCACGCAAUAAUGUGGGCCUUGGAGAGCCCAGUCCAGCCUCAGCCAAAACUCGGACAGAGGACACUAGUAAGUCAAAACACAACCGUUUGAACGCUGCCCUCCUUUGCUGGGGCAAAGUUAUCACUCAUUUGCGUAUUAUUGUUCCAAAAACCUCACAGAUUCUCACUCUGUGCUCACUUUCUCAAGUCCCCAGUGUGGCUCCGAAGAGGGUGGUACCCAGGAUUGUGUCCGCAACACAAAUUGAAGUGAUCUGGGAAGCUGUUCCAGACAUCGCUGAAAGAGUGCUUGGAUAUGAGGUUGUUUACUGGGAGGACGACACCAAGCCUGACACUGUAGGCAAAGUACGCAUAUCGGGAAACGACACCGUUGUUAACAUCACGGGGCUGAAUGCGAAUACAGCGUACUAUCUUGCAGUGUCCGCUUGCAAUACGGCCGGCCCCGGGCCGCAGUCGGUGCCGAUCAACAUCACCACAAAGAAACCACCGCCUGACCGGGCACCUCUGAACGUACAAUGGUCCAUGAUUGGCUCCACGCUUUCACUGCAUUGGGAUCCUGUUUUAGCCACCGAGAAAGAAUCACACGUCACCGGCUAUAUGGUGCUGCUGAAAAGACACCGUCACAACGAUCUCAACUAUUUUGUCACCAAUAAAACCUCCGUGGAGCUCAGCCUGCCCGGCAAUGACAACUAUCUCAUUCAGAUCAAGGCCACGAGUGAGGGAGGUGAAGGUGCCGGCAGCGAGCCCGUCCACAUCCACAAAUUAAGCAUGGGAGCGCGGGGCUCAGGGGCGUGCCGUCCGAAGCCAUCCAACCUCUCUGCAACGCUCAUCAGCGCGUUGCUCUACUUUGUCUGGUGAUGUCUACUCCCAACCUCCAGUCCCUUCAGUCUGCCUGUCCGAAUUGGAUCCCUCCACUGGCGGGCCCGAGGUUCAGAGACAGCACUUGGGAUUCCUUCAGAAGGCACAAGUGCUCAAGAGCGCGUAUCGGUAGAGAUGAGAAUUUGGGUGCAUGAUACCUGCCAGUGUUUCAUUUGGAGUUGCAAGUGCCACCGCGCUGUUUCCUUUUCCAGGUUAUCACAUCGACAUGACUGAUACGACGUGUCUGUAAAGUAUAUGACUGCCUUAAAAUCCAUUUGAUACAUGCACUCCAUACCAAGUUGGGCAAGAGGCCGCUUGCAUGGUGAAAUGUUCAUCAAGAAAAUGGAAGAUUCGUCCGUUGCCAUUGUUUGCUUCUCUCAAAAUGCAAUUUUAUGAGCCAGCGCUUUCACCAAAUUCAUGUCGCGCGAUCAAAUAAAUCGACAGCACUUAGUUGGUACUACGACACGGAAAGAAAUCAAUUCAAUAGAUUGAAGAUCACCAUUUUACUGAAAUGUAGCAAUUGUAUUGCUAAUUGACCGGCUCUGCCCCACAGCAAAAUUUGUUUCUGCAUUCUUCGCUCCAAUCUGUUGUCCGGCUCCAGACUUAUGCGCCCCAGGCCCUCUCCACAAUGCCGUGAAAGAUGUUGCUACAUUCUCUCCAUCUCAUACCCUUAAAUAAUAAAUGUCCAUCACGCUCAGCUAGCGAAAAGCUUGCUUUUCACAGAAGGGAUGUGCUACCAUGUCAGACAAAUCCCAUGUCUAUUCUGCUUUUAUUUUCAGAUACCCACAGCAGUGGCCCCCCAACCUUUUUUGUGUCACG